ACAGGUUGUUGUUCUAGUAGAUUCUGUUGAGUGUGUAAGUAUUUCAAAUGCUUUUUUGUUCCCGCUUGUCACCAAUAUUUUUUCACAUUUCAGUGACAUCAUGACAUCAGAAAAUCUGACCAGCCUAGAUAACAGCAUUUGUGGGAACAGCCCAGAGUCUCAGUCAGAUAUGUCCAUCUCAGGUGUUGUGCUGAACUCAGAUGGUAUCUAUGUUGCAGCAAUCACGGCUCUCAAACUGAACCUGCGACUUCUUAUCUCAGGCUACUAUGGCAAUCGACAGAAUAUUCCGGUGUCUGAGAGUGACUUCCUCAACGAGAUGUUCAGUUCAGGAUUGCUGUUGUACUUACCCCCAGCGUGGCUGAAGGAGCUGUACUCACAGAUCUUGAAUACCAGCAUUCUCAGUGCUGAAGUUGUGGCUGCCUCCUCCACAGCCUGCAGGAUCUACAAGAGUUCCAGCCAUUUGAUUAACUUCUUGCAAGACUUGGAAGGUGUUGGAACUACUGAGGAAAAGGGUCGCCUCAUGUCUGAUUUCAGAGAGUUGCCAGGAUCUGCUGAUGGAGAUGAGUGCGAUCGAAUACGUAGAGCUGAAGUUGGUAAAUGUCUGGCUGCAAGUGUUUUGUCUGCCUGUUGGUCCCAGAUGUUGGACAUUCUCUCUGUUAUGUUGAACGACCAACUUCCCAUCACUGGGUCUGGUGGCAUGGCCUUGUACAGCCUGUCGCUGCUGCUAGCCACCGACAGUGCCCAGGAGGAUGUGCGGAGAGCUAGAAGUGCUAUCUGUGCCAGUUUGGAUGGGUUCCAGAAAGCAGCGAAGCUGUGCUGUGCACUGGGUCUGCAGCAGCUCUGUGGCAGUGCUUUCUCACAGCUGGCAAGGACUUCUUGUGUAAAGGAGGACUUCAGAGCUGUAGCAGCCACAGAAAGUAAAGGUCAAAGCAAGACAUCGGUUCUGUCAAGCAAUAAGCCGAAGCUCGUGAAACUUCAUGCAGCACACCUGUUGAGUAUGGAUGUUGUCAUGACAACCGGGCUGGAGAUUGGCAGCCAUGCUGCCGACUGCUGGAAACAUGUGUUCAGAUGUUGUGCACACAUCUCGGAGCUGGAGCACAUCUACUUUAGCCAGGGCAACAACCAGUCUAGCCUGCCGAAGAUCAUGUCUGGGUCACAGAUGGAAUCAGGUCAGGACCUGGACGGAACUGAGGCUGAUGGGUAUGUACCUCAAAAUUGUAAUACAGAUCUGUACACAACUUCAUUGGUGGCCGCUGCUGUACCAGUAACCCCAAGAAUAAAUGUACCAACUCUUAUCCAGCAAAGUGGAUUAGAAUCCGGCUGGGAUAACUCAUUAGCUGCUGGAGGGGUAUUAACAUUUGCACAAGCUUCUAAAGUUUUGUGUGGACUUUCUCAGGAAGUAGACAGCUUUUUUGAAGAUGCUGCAGACAAGCUAUGUUUGGAAGCCCUACUGAGCAUGUUGACCGAGCUUGGGGAAGCCAUGCUGAUGCAGCUGCAGAAACUGAAUGGGGCAAAAGAAGGAAUUGGGGCAGGUGGUUCUGGUGCUGCUGCUACCCGCCCUCCAAUCAAUGCCCUGCAUCUGUACCGUCUGCAGCAGGUGUUAGUGAAGGUGGUGAAUAGCCCUCGUCCAUUGCUGCAUCUCUUGAAGGUCUGGAGUGUUGCCUCUGCCUAUCUAGUGCAGGCUACUGGCAAUUCAGAUCAUGUGAUUUCCAAGAUGGCGGUCUCGUCCAUCCAUGAGUUCAUCGUGUCACUAGUGAGCCAGAGAGAGGAGAAACCUCACUUCCAUGUCAAUGAGUUUGUUUGCAAGAUGUUUGAAGACAUGUUGUGUUUGGAGCUGUGUGAUGGGGAUGUACAAGACCAGAUUGUCUGCUGCAUCUGUGAACUAGUUGAAGCCUGCAGUUCCCAGCUUCAGUCAGGGUGGAGGCCCUUGUUUGGAGCUCUCCGCUCUGUGAAGAUAGAGUAUACCACCAGUGAAGCUGUCAAUGAGGCCCGGCAGAGACACAUUGCUGCUGUGAUGGACGUCUUUGACGUGUACCUGGGCAUGGACAACGUGGCUGUGUUUGCCAGUGCUACUGUAGACUGUGUGCUGUGUUUGCUGAAAUAUGUGCAUGGACCAGCCACAUUUGACAGUGACUUCAGUGGAGACCGAUCUGAUUCGGGUAGUGAUGACGGGUAUGGUGAUGCUGAAGGAGAGCUGGAGAACUUGUGUGUGCCGGCACUCAAAUACCUGACUCGUGUCUGUGACAUCCUGGCCUCAAUGUGGCAUAUGCCAGCUUGUCCAGUCUUUAAAGGGGCACAUAGGAUUCAAGUAGACACAGCCUCCAGAUUUGUUGAUGGAGAAAUUCCUUUCAUGAAUUUCAAAGAUUUUGCUGAGGAAUUUUCUUUGGAUAAAUAUCAGAAUUAUUCAGUUACUGACGAAGAGAAAAUAAAUGGUGAAAAUCUGCCUGUUGAACCUGAUAGUGAUGCAGCUGUUUCCGUCUCCUGUGAUGAAGAUCAGAAUGGGCAAAAAAAUUUACAGGUGCCGGGUUCAGAGCUGCCAGGAUCAUUAGACUGUGAGAACAUCAAACACUUGUACAGGUCUCAGUCUCUAGAUGAUAUGGACAAUGAGUCUGGAAUCUUGCAUGUGUGGUUUCUUCUAAUUGAUGGGCUUGUGUCGGCUAUUAACCGGUGCCCAAAAAUGGUUCAGUCAAAUGUUUUAACCACUUUGAUUGAUCUUCUGAGAUCUGCAGCGAUUGUACCAGGACCAGAGUUCUCCGUCCACUGCAUGAACCACCUCCUGCUUCCCAUGAUGCAGUCCUGGCUGCGCAGAGGUUCCCGUUGUUACGGUUACUGGAACACUGGCAUUAACAGCUUCAAGCAGUGCUGCGGCCUGGUGGCUGACCUGGUUGUGGAGUUUGUGACCAAAUAUUCUGAUCUGCCCAGUCUGGAUGUUCCACUGCAGCUUCUGCUGAAGCAGAUGUUUGAUGUGCUCAUUGAGUGUGUGGCUCAGCCUGUGGAGAACAUCUCCAGGCUUGGCUGCUCCUGUAUCAGGCAUAUUCUGCUGUCUGCUGGACCUCAUUUAUCAGAAAAACUCUGGCAUGUUGGGGCACUGGCAAUUCGGCGGGCUCUCAGCGUUAGUAUGUACAACCUGCAGCUUCUGAUGGCCUUGUUCCACCCAAACUCUGAUAACUUCUAUGGGGACAUUGGCCAAGUGAAAGUGGCUACAAGGAAGGACUGUACAGUGUUUCUCUUGGACUGUCAAAUCAGUUCCAUGCCAGAUGUACAUUAUGACACAGACCAAGAUAAAUCAUUUGUCUUUCUGCUCUACCCACCUGGCCAUCAAGACAGCCUGAAUCCUGACCAUAUUUCUACAAGGGUACCAUUUCGACAUGUGGUUGUGGGGCUGUUGUCCAGUCAGCUGCUGCUGCAGACAAUUGGGAGUGUCUUGUUGCAACAGGGGGAUGAUGUUCCUAGGAUGGCCGACCAACACAGGGGCUUGCCAGGCUUGAUGGCUUACAUGUCCACGAGAAACAUUGGCCAGUUCUUGGCAGCCUUGGACGAUGUCUUCAAGCUGGCGCAAGACUUUGAUGCCCGGCCAGGUCUGAAGUUCCUUCUCCAGAAGGUGGCCUCUCUGGAGGUGGCUGCCAACUUGUACAAGCAGAUGGCCACUGCAGUGUUGUUCCACAUGCAUGCUCUGAUUGAGGUGUGCGCUCACCUGGAUGACAGCAAUCAUUUCAUAAUGUUUACCUGCGACCUUUUUUCUUCUUUUUCUUUUUUUCCCCCCACAAACCUUUUAAGGGCUGCAAUUGCACAAGGAGAUGGAACUUCACAAGCCCUGGGGUCCACAUCUUCUAUCACAGAUCUUAAACAGCUGGCGCAAAACUCAUUGGCCAAACCUUGGACCAGUGGAAACAUAUUCCUGCCUUUGCUGCAGAAUAUGUGUGAAGAAUUGUGUGAGAGUUAUGUUCAGGUCCUCCAGGAUGCUGGGAAGAGCUCCAUUUUGGACAAAAUUUCAGAGAAGCCCAUUUUCUUUUUGACGGCACAGCAUGAUGACAUAUCUCAGAUUGCUUCACAAGCCCUGCUGGCAGCUGAGAGGGCAAAAUCAGCCAAGCCACAAAAGCCUAAGACUGCUGAAUUGCAGAAGUCAAAGUCGCAAUGUACAGAAGGGUCAAAGGCGGGCCACAUUAGCACAGAUGAGGAUUCCAACAGUGAGGAGGAGACAGAAAGCAAAGUUGACAACCCACAUGUGGAUGAGGAUGAAGAGAGAGUUAAAAGUAAGCGGGAAAUCAGAGCCGAGAUGCAAAGCAAGGUAUACACCGUGGCCACAGACCAGGUGAUAGAAAACCUCAUGUCACAGUACAAACGACACAAACAUCAGCGUUCUAUGCCAAAUUUCAUCCGGGCACCAAAGUUACAGCGGAAACUUAAAAUUCCCCGAAGAGAGGCGGUAGACGAGGCUAUUGACAAACAGCAGACAUCUUCGAUAAUGAAGGACAGCGAGGCCCGCAUCCAGGCCUGGUCAGACACUUUGACUGCGGCCCUUCAGAUGACCAUGAACCUCCCAGAUGAGAGUUUCUCAGCCCUACUUCCUGUGACCUUCACCAUCAUCGGCCAGCUGAUCUUGUAUGCCUCAGACAGUGCACUGAGAGAUCAACUGGCCCGUUGCUUCAACCGACUCGGAAGACUGUAUGACUUUGCCCCGAGGGCCACUUUGAGUUCAACAGAACAGACUCAGGAAUUAAAGGAUCAGCAGCAGCGGCUGCAUCAUUAA